AUGCUGCGCAACUUACUUCAGCCGUCAUGCAAAAAUUUACAGGUAAUAAUAGUAAGGCAUGUACAAAAGAAGUUUCCUAAAGUAGACAAAAAAUUUCAAGCUGAAGCAGAGUCCCUGGCUGCAAGAGGAUUUCUCCGCCCCACAAAAGGGUGGGACCCACCAGCAAAUAUAGAGGAGACAAUCGCAAAAAUUUGCACCAGCCAUGGUUUAAAACCGAACUCAACAUUCGAUGCUUUAGAAAAAAAAUAUGCAGUCUUGAAGGCAUGUUUUGAGGAGACUGGAUAUGAUGUACCUAACUCACGUUUGCAUUCAAUUGAAAGUGUUGACGACCUGCAAGACUUCUACAGCACUCCAGUGGACAAAGCUACACCAUUUGAAGCUCUGAAAAGAAUGGAUCUCCCAAAGAACUUGCAUGUUCAGCCUGAUGUUGUAAGAUUCCACCCUGAAAAAGAUACCAAGUUUGGCGGCCUGUCAGCAUUCCCCAAGAGCUCCACUAUAGUCUCAGGGUUGAAGACAAAAAAGAAAUAUGAAGGAUAUGAGGCCAAGCGAUCUUGGCCGUGA